AUGGUUGCCUUGUCGCCCGACAGCCACGAAAUAGCACUGGACCUAGCCGGUUUGUCGACUCGUGCUGGCAUAGCUUGGAGACCAUGCGACGGCGGAAAUGCUAACAGCUCUUAUUCACAGUCGGGAGUCAACGCGGAUAGAACUAUUAUAGUUGGAGAAGACAACGGACUCGAUUCGCCUGACACUCUCGUAUUGAAACACGAAGAGGCGGUUCGAGCAGCCGACGGAAGAGGCCCACGAAGGGAUUCUCUUACCAACCUAGACAUGGCAACCUACAGUAAAGCCCAGCUGCCCUCAGUGCCAGGAUAUGACACAGCCCGAUAUCAAGACUCAACCUACGACCAGUACCCGGCUCAAAACUUUGCCGUCCAGCAAACAGAGAAAUAUGCCCAUCUAAACCAGCAGUCCUUUGCGUCUAACAAUGGAGUCGCUCAGUACAUCCACACUGGCCCUACCGUGCUGUCUUGUCAGCCGAUGUCUGGCAUGUUUGGAACGAAAAUCUUCAUGAAGAUUUCCUCACAAUACGAUCUGGUUUCCCUAUCCGCAAUGCCAUAUUUCUCAGUAAGCUUUGGAUCCGAGAAGGUGCCCGUUCAAGACUUCACCCGAGACGCCCAAGACACAACUGGCUUCGUAUACUCGUGCAGCGUGGACGCGCCACAGCCAUUGGUUACGGGCUGCAACGGCAACAACGUGCCUUUAUCAUUAAUUGCCGAAGGCCCGACUGGAGAGGAAAUUUCGCGGACGGGUGCAGGGUCUUUUCAGUAUCUCGAAGGGUCUGAGGAUGACAUGACGCGAACAAGCAAGCAUGGGAAGCAUGACAUAGCGGCACCUGGACCUCGAGUUGAUCAGGCGAGUGCCUCACCAAAAACCGUGGACACCCAGUUGCCUCCAGACACGGCCACACAUGGUUACGAUUACCCGUCACAACAGAGCCAAUACGCAAACGCAUUUUCUCAAGGCAACGGCGACAUGAUUACGACGUACAGAAGCAGCAGCAGCUUUACGGAGCCACAUUAUCGACGCUCAGCCCCCUGGAGCGGUUUCGGCGGGCCUCUGGGGAGCGCGAGGAGCUCGUUGGAUCACUCGGCAAUGAGUGGUGCUCGGCCAAGUUUGACGCCACUCCCGAUGCCUUCAUCGGCUGGUAACGGAACCCCACAGCUCAUCCGCACGAGUACCAUUGCGAACGGGGCGGGCGGCACUGGAUCUUAUCAUCCCAUAUCGCUCUACUCCAGCAAGGCCUCGUUGAAAAUUAUUGGUAAGCUGGACAGCAUGGCCGACAACUGGUGUCAAGAAGAGUGGGAAAAUCGACGCCGCAUUGUCAUGUUUCGCAAAUCACAGACGGGCUGUACCUUGACGGCCACCUUCCGGGCCGUUCCUGUCAACGAACGACCGCCGAACAGCAUCUGCGUCUCGUGUAUCUGGUGGCAGGAGAAACAGAAAUGUUACGUGACGUCGGUGGACACCAUCCAUUUGCUUGAGCAGCUUGUUGCCUCGCCCAACCGCUUCAGUGUCGAGGAGAAGAACCGAAUUCGCCGAAACUUGGAGGGCUUUCAUCCACUGACGGUGUCCAAGUCAAAGCCCGAUAGCGAAGAUUUCUUCAAAAUAAUCAUGGGAUUCCCGAACCCCAAACCGCGAAACAUUGAAAAAGACGUCAAAGUGUUUCCCUGGGAGAUUCUUGAUUCAGCUCUCAGGAAGAUCAUUGGCAAGUACAGCGCCACCCCGAGCAGUAUGGUGACGCCCGUGAACCCGACGCCGUAUGCCCCUCUGCCAACACCUCCCGGCCACGGUAUAGCCUCGCAGCAAAGCCUUCCGUCUCAGCAUGGCGAUGGCCAUAGCCAGUACUCGGUGCACUCAAACCACCAUGACCCCAUCCCCUCGCCACGAUCGCUCUCAGGCUCGCAGUCCACAUGGACCCCAUACACAACAGGCCCGACAUACGGAGCGUCCUCACGCGCUCUGAGUCCUGCAAACCGACAUGCAAGUCCGCAGCAGGGCCACCAACAUGCGCCUCCCAUGCGUAUCAACACAAACCCGUUGCCAGCAGUCACCACGUAUGAUUCUCGAACGGUCUCGAGUACUGGCUACAGCUCAAGUGGUUUACACACACCCAUCAGUCAACACCCGUCCUCCACAGCAACGCCACCGCGUUGGGAUAACACAUCCGCAGGUUACUCCGACAGCUACUCGAGUCUGACCUCACAUCAGCAGCCCGGCCCUUCUGUAUAUAGCGCUGGGGCUUACGGCGAUGGUGCCACUCGAGUGUAG